AACCCGAAAGGAUGUUAAUUGAGAGAUAAAUAAAUAGCAUGUGGACUUUUAUUUUAGAAUUUAAACCGAUUAACGAGGAAAAUAAAUAAAUAAUUGCAAAUACAAUAUACAUUGCUAAUGGGUCAACAAGGCUUAGGCCUUACGCAGUCAUAAGGCUUUGGAUAUAACAAAACGAGCGGCAGUUCUGGUGUUGCCUAGCAAAAGAGACAUUUGAACUCCAAUAUUUGGCCAGGAGUUUUUGCACAAAGGUUCAUCCGCCAAACUAUUUAAAGGGGAACUUAAUAAUGGAUUUUUCUGACGACAUUGAAUUGGACAAUUUUGUAAACCAUCAAAAUUCAAACAAUUUCGCUAACGGCGGUAUUGGGUCUAAAGGACAACUAAAGCCCACAAACCAAAAAGAAUUCGAACAACGUUUUGAAAAAUACCGUUCCUAUUGUAAAUGUAUAAAUGAAACAAAGGCUCCAACAAAAAUUACUUUUAAUGUCUUAAAAAUUAAGGAACAGCGUUUGGCAUAUAUUAAGCAGUUUGAACGUGAUUAUCCAGAUAGAAUGCUUGAAAUAUCCCCAAACUUCAAAAAUCGCAGUAGACCCGCUCAUGCAUCAGAUCGGGUGGAUAGAAAUGGCAAGCAAGAAGUGCUGGUUAUAUCCUCUGAAGAUGAAGAACCUCCUGCCAAACAACCAAUGGCUCUGCGUAUCAGGCCCUUGGCGGACUUAAUUGAGAAUAAAGAUCAAUCUAAACAGCCUAUUUCGAAUCUCGUCCCUAAUCCAGCCGCCUUGACAAAAUCCAACCCACCCCAGUCCAUAAACAAUAAAAACGAAACAACAAAAUAUUCCACACAAAUCGCUUCAAAUGUAUCUACACCUGCGCCUUCAUCAUCGACUGCACCAAAAUACGCCCCUCCAAACUCUUCACAAGCAAACAGACCCAUAAACUAUCAGAAAUUGAAAGAUGAUGAGAGAUGGUACCAAAGAUAUUGCAAGUACUGUGAACAAAUACACGAAAUGGAUGAUGCUUACAAAAAGAAUGAAGCGAAUAAGAGUAGUAUUGAUAGUGUUCUAAGAUAUAUUGCAAACUUUGAGCAAAAGCAUCCAGGUGUAAUGCACGAUAAGUCUCCAAAUCUUAAAAAAUCCGAAAAUACAAAGUUGACCUCAGACGUCUGCGGCAGCGAGGGGGUUGUUGCAAACAAUAUUACAACGACAGAAACUAUAAGUCCAAGUGUUAGGGAAAAACAAAUUGAGGUUUUAGUUUCAAAGACCAGAGUAGCUAAGAAUACGGAAGCUGGCAAACCACAAAAUAUCCAGAAGUCGACACCUAUGCAACCACCAGCAUAUCAGUUUUCAAAUAUGCAGAACCCCCACGCUCAACAGCCAGCCUCAAAUAUGAAUAACUGGCAAAUGACAAAUACUCCAGUCCAGCAAUUCUAUAUGCCACAGCAACAGAAUCAGCAUCAGUUUCCCAUGUCAAUUCAGGACUACAGGGUACCACCUUACAAUUACGCAAUGCACCAGCAACAACAACAACAGCAAUCCACACAAAACUCCUUCAAUAUAUCACAAACUUUUACAGAUUUUUAUUCUUCUAAUACGACUCAACCAACCGACUAUACCAUGAAUAAUCAAUGGCCAGCAUACUGGGGCGGGAACCCAAUGAAUGCCUAUGAUUCUAAUGUACAACAGCAAACCGGUAACUUCAACCCAGCAGCGCACUACAGCAAUAACAAUCCACAAGCACCCCCAUAUGUUAAUACGAAAGCCAUGCCUGCAUCCGGUACCAGCAGCACCAGCACCAUCAGUCAAACUCAAGCCAAUGAUAAAUCUAAAACAUCUUCAAAACCCAAAAUAAAAGUCCAUAUUGUAGAUCGAAUAGAUCCCUUGGGAAAACUUAAUCCCGCCCAAUGGUCGGUCAUACAUGAACGACUUUUAGAAUCUCUAAUUAAGGAAAUCAAUAACAAAUCCUUGGAUGAUAUUUUUAUGGCUUACAAUGGCUUUGAAUGGCAAAAUGGUUUUCUAUCCAUUGAGUGUGAUAACAAAAAGGCCGUGAAUUUUUUGGAAGACUCAAUAUUUGAUAUGGGCCCUAUGGCUGAACAAAUUUCCAUAGUACCUGCUUUAAGCGAGCUACAUCGACAAAUUAUAUGGUUGACCAUACCACCACCGCUGUUAGAGAAAGAGGAUAUUCUAAAAUUGUUAAAGAAACAAAAUAAAAAACUUAUGUCCGAGAAUUGGUCCUGCAUACGUUCAUAUAUCUAUGAGGGUGAUAUGAAAAUUCAUCUUGAAAUUUCACCGGCUAGUGCAGUUUUAAUUAAGAAAGCAGGCGAUAAAAUACGAUUUGGCAUUAAUUAUAUUUCGGUUAAAUAUCCUAAGCUGUGAGAAGAUAAUACAACAAAUUUCAAGUUUUAAGGUAUUCCGCAUGAGACAAAAGAAGCAACAUUACUGGAAACUCCCUUGCAAAGAUCACAAAUGUAAAAACUGCAAUUAUUUUGAUAUAUUUCUCAUCGCAUGCCCAAACAAGACACAUUGUCCCUUUUGAUUACAAUUCAUUGUAAGGAAUUUCAAAAUUGGAAAGCAGCAACUGGCUUAACUUUCCAUUAAAGUCUGUUGUCUGAAUUGUUAUUUCAUUUAUACAUUUACAAACAAAUGCAAUGCAAAGAUCAUCCAUUAUUCGAAUAUUUUCAUGAUACAUGCAUACAUGUGUACAUUUCCAUGUAUUAAAUAAUUAUAAAUAGUCGUAGAAUCUCUAGUUAAUAAGCAAUGUGUAAUUUUUAUGUUUUAAAAUAAAUAUUGAAUUUAUUGUACAUUA